AUGCCGAGAUCAACACCACCCUCAUCACGUCUCACUCAAUCCAUCUUGUUCACGAUCUCGCUUUUCGGUGUCAUGAUCACUUCGGUUCAAGCAGCGAAACAACCCUUCAACAUCUCAGUUUCUGAUCAGUCUCCUACAAUCACUUAUUAUCCCAGUAGAUCAGGACCUCCGGAUCAGAGUUGGAACGUAACGUACAGCGAUUCAUCGUGGUCAAGCUAUCUAAAUCAAACUAUAGGUCAAGGUGUUUCCACUCACUAUACCACUCACAUAGGAGCGAAUGCAAGUCUCGGAUGGUGGGGUACAGCUUUGUACCUACAUGCGGAUGGAAAUGAGAGUGACGCAGAAGUCAAAGUGGACAAUACUACAGCGAAAAAGGUGGAUGAUGGUUGGAUGUUAGAUGGUCUAAGUCAGGGUUGGCAUAGAAUCAGUCUGAGAGUGAUUGGUAAUGCUGGGGUAGGUUUGAAAGGGAUAACGUUCACUACUGGGAUCGGAGAAACUGGAGCUGUCCCGGUGAAUUCCACUGUUCAAGCGAUAUUCGGUGAAAAUCAGAUAAAUGGAAUGUUCAGUCAAUCUACUGGACAAUGGGAAACUGGAACGGAGAUUGGUGGUGCUGGAAAUCAAUCGAAGCAAACUUAUAAUAGGGUAGAUACAUAUACACCCGGUUCAAAAUUGAUAUUUCAACCACCAAACAACACAUCAUUCGUCUUAUUGUAUGGUUCAGUCAAUUUCGAUCAUAAUUCUUAUUCUGUCAGUUUAACUUCAUCAAAUCUACCUAAUAUCGCUGUGUCUGGUGAUGCCAAGGAUACAAUCACUUCUUCUACAACUAUAGGUGGUAUACCUUCUACUCAAAUCAUGUAUGGUACUAGUCCAUGGAUAUCAACAGAUCAAGUCUUAUUUUACGCAAAUUUAGAAUCAUCGGCCCAAUAUACUGUUACGGUUGAAAAUCAAGGUAGCGGUAAUGCAAGAUCCUAUUGGGAUAUUUCAAAGGUUGUCUUCGUGCAAGCUCAAGGCGGUAAUACGACCAGGAGCGACAAGGGUAAUAGCAAUUCCGCCGCCAUAGCAGGCGGAGUGGUCGGCGCCAUCGUUGCUCUUGCUCUUAUAGCAACUUUGCUUUGGUUCUUCGUCUUCAAGAAGAAGGAAAACGACCGUCAUCAGAAUCAACAAACUAAUAUCUACGAGGACAAACCAUUCGAAGUUGAUCCAUACCGACUCGGAAAUGAAGAAGACGCUCAUGACGCUUAUGCCAAUGCAGCAUCAGGAGGUCAUACGCCUUACGAUCAUUCACCACCCUCAGGACAGAGAGACUCAACGAUAACACCUUUACUUGCCUCGAGUUCCGGUCAUUCUCCCGAUCCAAACAAUUCGCAAAACUCGAGAUCGUCUUAUCAUUCAAGUAUGGGAGCUGUGAAUUCACCGAAUCCUAAUCGACUAUCGAUCCCUAACUCCGCCGAUGGAUACGGAAACCUCUACACCCCAUUAUCCUCUAGACAUGCUUCAUUACAAGCUUCUCAAGAAAACGGCUUAUCACCAGGAAUGAUACUACAUAAUCCUGAUCAAGCUCAUUUGGAACAAGAUGAAGAUCAAAAUACACAAUCAGGUUCCCGGAGAUUAUCGCUACCAGGUAACACAGCGGAGAUGACUAAAAAUAGAAUAUCACAAAAUGGGUAUGGGAGGAACGAACGGAGAAGAAGUAAUCUCAUACAAGAACGAGAUGCUGGAAGUGUACCUUUACCGCCUCGGGUGACAGAAGAGCAUACAAUCAUCCCACCUAGUUAUGAUCCAUCUUGGGCUAGAGAUAGGUCAAAUAGUGAGGAAGGACCUCGUCGUCAGGAAUAA